AUGCCUGAACCAGCGAAGUCAGCGCCUAAGAAGGGCUCCAAGAAAGCCGUCACCAAGACCGCCGGGAAAGGCGGCAAGAAGAGGAGAAAGACCAGGAAGGAGAGCUACGCCAUCUACGUUUAUAAGGUUCUGAAGCAGGUCCACCCUGAUACCGGUAUCUCCUCCAAGGCCAUGGGCAUCAUGAACUCCUUUGUUGGAGAUAUCUUUGAGCGCAUCGCCGGUGAGGCUUCCCGCCUUGCUCACUAUAACAAGCGCUCCACCAUUACCUCCAGGGAGAUCCAGACCGCUGUCCGCCUGCUGCUGCCCGGUGAGCUGGCCAAACACGCUGUGUCUGAGGGCACCAAGGCCGUCACCAAGUAUACCAGCUCCAAGUAA